UUAAUCACCUCCUGCCAGAACUUUGAUGUGAAUUUCGAGUCACGGUCUGAGACGAUCGACUUCGGCACUCCAUGUCUCUUCUGCUGUUACCGCCGUGUUCGUGGCAAUGAACUUAGCACGCUUCGCCAACCGGUCCACAAUAACCAUAAUGGCGUCUUUUCCGGCUGCCGUCUUCGGUAG